UUGAUUUUAAUAUCAAUCUUCCCGCGAAAACUUGCAGAGAAAGCUCGCCCGGUCACGCAAAGCGGCGGCAAGUUCAUCGAUACGCUGAUCGGACAAUGGAUAAGCCGAACGGGAAGCAAUAUUCCAUUGCAGCAAGCGGAAGAGGAAGCCGAAAGCUCGAACACGCAAGAUGGCAAACAGCAAGUCCUGCAGAAUCAGGAACGCGUGAUUCAAAGUCUGAAACGGAAACUGCGAGAGAGCCAGGAGGUAGAGGCCUCCCUGUCCGCCUCCUUGGAGAUAGAGAUGCGCAACAAGGAGGAAAUUCAGACGAAAGUGAACGCCACUUGGGUGUACAUCGAGAAUAUCACAGAGUAUUUCAAUUACAUCAGAGAGAGCCUUGCCAGCUUUCAGCAGCACCGCACUAAUCUGUCCGACAUGUUCGACAACGUGAUUCUGAAGCAGCAAGAAGCCAUCCAGAAGCUGCAGCGGGACGACGCGAGAUCGAGAGAAGUGGAGAAUUAUGUCGCGCAAUUGAAAAAUAAUUCGCUGCUUCAAGAGGAAAGAUUACAAGAGGCGGUGACGGAGCGGAAUAAAUUGCGGAAGCAAUUAGAAAACUCCGAGUACGAACUGCAGUUGCAGAGAAAUGAAUUGGCGAACGCGCACGCCGAGGAAAAGCUGACGCUCGUCAAAGAGCAGCAACGGAUGGUGCAGGAAUGCGAAAAUUUACAAUCGCGGCUGCAGACGAUCGAGAAGGAGAAAAGUGACAUCGCGAAAUCGGCCACACAAUUAGAAAACAAAUUGCUCCUUCAAGAGGAGAAAAUGCAAGAGGCACUGAUAGAACAAAAUAAAUUAAGAAAACAAGCGGAGAACGCCGAACGUGAAUUUCAUGCGCAGAAAAAUGAAAUAGUGAACGCGCACGCCGAAGAAAAGAAAAUGCUUGUCGAAGAACAACGACAACGGCAAUUAAAAUUGGAAACUUUACAAUCGCGAUUGAACACGUUGGAGCAAGACAAAAACAAUAUUGCGGAAAUGGUCGCGCAAAAAGAUGCGCUUAUUUCGAAACUUCAGAAUGAAAUUUUCAUGCAUAAAAAUCAAAUCGAAGUGAUAACGGCAAAGUAUAACGAGACGUGUACUAAGAGCGACGCAUUAACGGAGAAUCAAAGUAUGCGGGAAAAAGAACUGCUUACAAAAACGGAAAGAAUUCACAAUUUAGAAGCGACGCUAAGCGCAAUGAAGCAAAGGGAAGCAGGUCUCGUCAAUGACGUAAAUAGAAUAGAGAAAAACUUAACCAACGAAAUGGAUUAUUCCAAGAAUCUCGAGAAUAAGCUUUCAAACAUACAGAGAGACUUGCAGCUUGCGCAAAAGCAGAACGCUGAGAUGCAGCAGACAGUAGAAAAAAUUAAGAGCGCCAACGAAUUUACCAAUACCGAGCUUCAGCAGCAGUUGAAGACCCUCCAGAGGGAAAACGAAGAAAUUACAAAACGAGAAAGCACAAGGAUUAAGAGUGCCGAGGUUUUACAUGAAAACACGCGAACCAAGCAUGCCGAAGAAGUGUCGGCUUUAAAGAACAAUUACGAAACAAAAUUGGCCGAGUUGAAAAAGACUGUGGAACAGCUGAACAAGACGAUCGGUGGCGUCAAGAAGGAGAACAACGCGCUGAACAAGUCCUUGAUGGAAAUGAGAGCUGAGAAUGCCAGCUUAAAGAAUAAUUAUGAGUUUAUUAUAGAUCGUAAUAAGGAUCUACAGGGGAAGUUGCUGGAGGCCACGGAAAUGACGCAGAUAAAAUCGAUCGGCGAUCGAAAGCUCACGAGUGAAUCCACGAACACUCUGUACAAUGUCUCUACAUCCAUAAGUUUAAUCGAUAGUGACGAAGAUAAACCGUCGUCGCAAACACUGGAUCCUUUUACAUGUUCAACGCAAAAGAGGCAGACUCAGAACGAGCAAGAAGCGGAAGUUACAUCAGCGGGAAGGAAAUUUUUUAAAUCGCGCCCCGCACAACCGCGUAUUUAUACCAAACGAAGAAAAGACUGAUGAAGAAAUGUACGAAGAGAUUAUUGGUUCCGAUGGAACAUUUUUGGAUUAGAGGAGAGAUUUUCUGUUUAUUUCUUUUAUCGCUAUUACAUAGUUUACUCUAGUUUUCAUCUGAAAUUAAUGCAAAAUACAUUUAUAUAGAAUACGUCAGAUUUUCAUCAAAAAAUUGCAAAUAUGAGUCAAAAGGUGUGUAUUGUAUUCAACGUAUAAUUAAGAUCGAACGAGCAGGUAAGCAGUAACUUCAUACUUAGGGUAACAUAAAUAAAAGCCCUCAUCAUCAGCCUCGCGCUCUCAGAAAAAACGCCUACGCGCCUUCGACACGAAGCAGACGAGAUUAUAGCUAGUGGUGGAAGCGCGCAGAAAACUUAAAUUUAAACGUGAUUCAUCGGUCCGCCAUCCAGCCAAUAAAUGAUCCCCUUUGAAUUGACACGCGAGGCCCAAAUUACGCAAUAUAAUAAAAACCCGCGAAUCCCAACGUUGUUUUGUAACUGAAGGAUAUCGUAUAAGCUUAUACUUUUCAUUCUGGAUGUUACACUCUGCGACUUCUUUAAGAACGUAUCUCUCAUUAUAUGUACAACAAUUUUCUUUUAUAUCAGUUAAUUUGUCAUCAAUCAGUUAAUAAAAUCGUCUAAAGUCAUCGAACUCUGAUAUUCUCUGAGCUGCCUCAGACUCUCGUCCCGUAUUAGUCCACGUAAAUCAACGAUGAACUUUUACAGCCCCGUCCUCGGGAUGCCUAUAACUUUCCAUAUUUUUCUCCGGUUCUAUCUCGCGCGCUCACACGAGAGGCGAGUAUCUGCCGCGAAAUCUGGAUCGCGCAAUAAUAACCCGAGCCAUAUGACAGAGAACUAUUUAAAAGUAGCACGUCCCACUUUCAACGAGGGCGACCGUAAUUUUUUUUCCUUCUGUGUCAGGACCUCGACACGUUGCCUACGCCCCAUACCGAUCUCAGCCACGUGUUGGAAUAUGCAACGUAAUCGGAGGGAGAACAACGCGAGUCGCUUUGUUCGAACGGAUCGGACGAUUCUCGGAUCUGACAUUUCUGUCUCCCAAUAAGGAUCCAUUCAAAUCACUCGGAUUUAAAUCUACCGCGUCACGUAUAAUAUAAAGAAUAUAAGUCCGUCUUUUUUGUUUGUUUCUCGUUUAUUCGUUUCCUUCCAUCAUCUCUCGAUUCAAAUUAUUAAGCUACAAUAUCAUAUGUUAUAUCAUAAUGAAAUAAGAAAUUGGAAAAUCUUUAAACGAUUAAGGCAACUGAUUUUGAAACUCUCGAUGAAAAAAAAACAUUCUCUUUCCGUGAAAUUUUUUGAACAAAUACUAGAGACAUAUAAUUAGCAUCUAAAACCCUUAAUAGUGGCUUUAUUACAUUGGCUCGCUUUAAUAAAAGGUAGCCAACGCAACAACGACACGCUCACGCAAAUGUUUCACGAUCUUGUUUCGGCUUAUUUACCGGAUGCUAUGAUCAUUACUAAGCUGCCCAAUUUUCACAGCAGCUGCGUCUCUCUACGGAUUUCGGAAAACCUAUUUCUUGUUUAACUGAAUAAGCCGCUAAUAUUAGAAUGCCGAAACGUGUGGAAUCACGCACGCUUGCGUCGCGUAUACGGGGUGUCGCGUCCAAUCGUGUGGACAUGGAACAUGGGGGAAAAAAAGUAUCUUCGAUUGCGUCUCGUUUACGGAUCAUUGAACCAACGGGAAAGAAGAUAAGAUAUUGAGA